AUGGCUCCCAAGGAUCCGAAGCAGAGUGGAGGUUUCUUCGCCUCGAUGGCUUCCACUUUGACCAAUCUUGGCAGCGCCAUGACCAAAUCCGUCAACGGCAUAGUGGGUUAUGAGGGGCUGGAGGUUAUCAACCCAGAUGGAAGCUCAGAAGAUCUCGAAGACGAAGCAAGGAAAGGAAGGUGGAAGCAGGAGGAUCGGGAUGGUUACUGGAAGGUGAUGCAGAAGUAUAUAGGCUCUGACGUCACAUCAUUGGUGACCCUUCCAGUGCUUAUUUUUGAGCCAAUGACUAUGCUACAGAAAAUGGCAGAGCUGAUGGAAUACUCCCAUCUGUUAGAUCUGGCAGAUGAAUGUGAGGAUCCAUACAUGAGGUUGGUGUAUGCUUUUGCUGGUUGCAGCCUCAUUUUUAUAUCUGUUUACUUUGCCUUUCAACGAACCUGGAAGCCAUUCAAUCCAAUACUUGGUGAGACUUAUGAGAUGGUUAACCAUGGUGGCAUUACGUUUAUAUCAGAACAGGUCAGUCAUCACCCUCCUAUGAGUGCUGGUCAUGCUGAAAAUGAGCAUUUCAUUUACGACAUAACUUCGAAGGUGAAAACCAAAUUUCUAGGGAACUCAAUUGAUAUCUAUCCAGUCGGAAGAACGCGUUUGACCCUCAAAAAAGAUGGCAUAGUCCUUGAUUUGGCACCCCCUCCAACAAAAGUUAACAACUUAAUUUUUGGACGAACAUGGGUUGAUUCACCAGGAGAUAUGGUUCUGACCAAUUUGACCACGGGGGACAAAGUUGUGCUAUAUUUUCAACCAUGCGGCUGGUUUGGAUCUGGUCGCUAUGAAGUAGAUGGGUAUGUUUAUAAUUCUGCCGAGGAGCCUAAAAUAUUGAUGACUGGAAAAUGGAACGAGUCAAUGAGUUAUCAACCCUGUGACUCAGAAGGGGAACCACUUCCUGGCACUGAACUGAAAGAGGUGUGGAGAGUUGCUGAUGUUCCAGAAAAUGAUAAAUUCCAGUACACACAUUUUGCGCAUAAGAUAAAUAGCUUUGACACUGCUCCUAAGAAGUUAUUGGCAUCAGACUCUCGCUUGCGUCCUGAUAGAUACGCACUGGAGCAGGGUGACCUAUCCAAAGCGGGUUUUGAAAAGAGCAGUCUGGAGGAGAGACAGAGAGAUGAGAAGAAAAAUCGAGUGGCAAAGGGACAGGAGUUUACUCCAAGAUGGUUUGACAAAACAGAUGAAAUCUGUCCUACAACGUGGGAUGACAUGGAAGUGUACCGUUACAAUGGAAAAUACACUGAACAUCGGGCUGCAGUAGAUAACUCAGACAGCGUUGAAGCGAUUGACGUCAAAUCAAUAGAGUUCAACCCCUGGCAAUAUGAGAAUUUGGCUGCUGCUUGA